AUGCCAUAUCCAUAUCCUUAUAAGAUUCAAACUGAGGAACCUCCAUUACAAUAUGAAGAAUUCAAUGGUGCUAAAUUUGGUUAUAUGUUAUGGCCAUCCCAUAUAGAUCCGACUAAACCUAAAGGUCGUGUAUUUUUAGUACAUGGAUUUGGAGAAUAUACUCGAAUUCAAUAUCGAUUAAUGGAUUAUUUAUCGCUUCAAGGAUUUGAGUCAUUUACAUUUGAUCAACGUGGUGCAGGUGUUACCAGUCCCAACAAGACAAAAGGUAUUACUAAUGAAUCACAUACAUUUAAAGAUUUAGAUUUUUUUUUGCAAAAAAAUUUAAAAGAAACUGAAAGUAUGAAUAUACCACUGUAUUUAUGGGGUCAUUCUAUGGGUGGUGGAAUAAUCCUUAAUUAUGCUUGUCAAGGUCAAUAUAAGAAACAAAUAGCUGGUUAUAUUGGGUCCGGACCAUUGAUUGUAUUACAUCCACAUUCUGCACCAAAUAAGAUUACACAAUUUAUUGCACCUGUAUUGGCUAAUUGUUUACCAAAUGUUUGUAUUGAUACGGGAUUAGAUCUUGAUGGUAUUACUAAUGAUCCCGAAUAUAAGAAAUUUUUAGCUAACGAUCCAAUGAGUGUUCCAUUAAAGGGAUCCUUUAGACAAAUUCAAGAUUUUUUGAAACGUGGUAAAAAAUUAUAUGAUAAUAAAGAGAAUUAUAUACAGAGAAAUUAUCCUAUUGAUAUACCUAUUAUCAUCUUCCACGGAGAAGAUGAUACAAUCAAUGAUCCUCAUGGCUCUGAAGUAUUUAUUGAGAAGUGUCCCGCUACUGAUAAGACUUUAAGACUUUUACCUGGUAUGAAGCAUUCAAUAUUUUCGUUAGAAAAAGAGCCUCAAGUCAACGCUGCAUUCAAAGAAUUGGUCACAUGGCUAGAAGAACAUCCCCAAGAAGAAUAA